AUGGCCGCAGAGUCCUAUCAGCAAAGCUCAGCUGCCGUACAAUUAGAAGCUGAUGUGCUUCCUAAACCCGGAGACGCCAUCCUGGAUUUAGGCUGCGGUACUGGUGAGUUGUCCGCCUACCUUGCUGAACUGGUCGGAUCAAAAGGAUAUGUUAUUGUCGUUGAUCCUGACCUCAGUCGACUGCAACUGGCUAAGGAAGCUCAUCGUCACGUAAAGAACCUCUCUUUCAUAGAAGGGAACUCUGACAAAUUUGAAGGCAUGGGUUCUGAGACUUUCGACAUUAUUUUCUCUAAUUACAUACUUCAUUGGAUACCUGAAAAAAGCAGGGCGUUCAGAAACAUGUUUGACAGUUUGAGGGUCGGUGGAAAAAUCGCCGCGCAGUACUCAGAUAUAAUUCCACCUUUCAUGGCUACCUCGUAUGAAGUGUUGAACCCGGAGAGGUUCGAACAAUUAAACAAUAUGUUUCACCCCGUAAAGAGAGAUGAUGUUGACCUUUUAUGCGUGACGGCAGGAUUUGACGUUAUGAAGAGCUAUUCUCCCAAAUAUACGAGGGAUUUCUAUCCCAGUGUGGAAAGCCUUCUACAGUGGCUUGUGGGUACUACACAUGGAGUUUUCGAUCUACACCUUGUAACCCAAGAGAGAAUUGAGCUAUUGGUGGAGAAGUUUGGAAACCCGCCCUUCGACUUCACGACCAAUUCUUUCGACUGUAGACUUGUUGCUGUCAAACCAAAAUCCCAAACACUUUAG